AAUUUUAAAAUAAUUGUUUUGAGUUUUAAAUUUUUUGUUAAAAACUAAAAUAUUGAUUUUUUUUUUUCUUAAUGUCUUCAACUUUCUACUGGAAUGGAUGUUCUUCAACACAUUGCCUACAGAAGAUCACUACUUCCUCAUAAUGUUAAGAAGUCAGCAAUUUUAUCAUGCCCUCCUAACAAGAUUCAGGGUUACAAGAGAUGUGAAGUAGAUGAUUGUGAAUGCAUUUUAAGCUUAAUUAAAAGACCCUGGCUUAAAGCGGGAUAUCAAGUAGUGUCAGAUAAAAGUAUUAUCAACAACCUUAUGAAGAUGGACAAGAAGUAUUCAGAUUUGUGUAGAAAUAAAUACAGAGGAACAGCUAGAGACAAGGUUAAUCUAGGGGAGUUUAUUUCAUUUUUGAAAAAGCUGUUUUAGAUUGGUUCUACAGAUUUAAAGAACCAAAUUAGGAAGGAUAAAAAACACUCAAAUAAAGAUAAGCACGAUGAUUUAACAUUUUUGGAAGACCAGGAAGGACUGAGACAUUUUAGUUUGGGAUCAGAAGAUAGAAAAUUUAGCAAAAAGGUUUCUGAAGGUGUGAGGAAGAGGACAAGGCUAGAAAACGAAUCUCCGAAGAUUGACGCUACCUCAGAAUUAGACUUGAGUUUCACUGACACUAGCGCUCAGGGUUCUGAUUUAGAUUCUGGUUUAAAUUCUGAUUCAGAAUUUGAACCAGAAGUUUGGCAUAUAGAAGAGCAGAUGAUUGCAACAUUACUGCCAAAGUCCCUAAGAAUAUUUUUGAUGGAAAUGUAUCUAUCAUAGCUACAGCAAAUGAUAUCUCCCCCAAUGUCUUACAAAAAGUAACUGGAGCAAUUCUUCAAGAAUGUGGAGUUGAUAUUGCAAAAUGCAAAGCCAGUGCUUCAACAGCAUUAAGGAAUGAAAAAACUGCCAAGGAUACUGCAGAAAUUACUAUAUUAGAUAUAAAGAAGGCCAUGGAAAAAAGCCGUUAUCCCUGUAUAAUUCAUUUUGACAGAAAGACUUUCUUUAAAAUGAAUCAGGGAAAAAGACUGAAGAAUGAAAGAUUAGCUGUGCUCAUUAAUAUUGAGGGGGUGUCGCAUCUUCUUGGAGUACCUGCCUUGCCGUCUUUUUCAGGUGAAGAUAUGUAUUUAGGAAUCAUGAAAAUAUUAGAAGAAUAUGACCUCAUUUCAAAAGUAUGCGGAGUAUGCUUUGAUACAACUUCAAGUUAUACUGGUUCUAAGAAAGGAUCACUUAUUAAGAUUGCAAGAGAGGUAGACAAAUGCCUUCUUCUACUAGCAUGUAGGCAUCAUAUCAUUGAGAUUAGAAUGGUUCGUUUCUGUGAAGCAGCGAUAAAAGAGAAUAGCGUAGGGCCUGAAAAUCCCUUAUUCAUAAAGUUCAAACAUAUGUUUGAGAACCCUAAAUUCAAAUACGAUGAAAAUAACCUGACCUCUCUUGAUUGGAAAACCGUGGAAAGAACAGUUUUGAAGGAAGCUGCAAGGCAAACUUUAAAUUACUGUGAGACCUAUAUUACAAAAAAAUGCAAUAUAAGGAAUGACCGAAGAGAGUUGGCUGAACUAACCAUGCAGUAUUUAUCCCCUUCCUCACAUUUCAAAAGAAAAUAUGUUUUUACACAAGGUGGUACCUUCAAGCACAUAAAGCGAUUUAAUCUCCUGCGUCUAAUCUUGAUGCAAUCUUUCAGAUGAAAGAGUAUAAGAAAGUUUGCUCCAAUCCGGAGGCAGUAGACGCAGUGUUAGCAUCUCUUAAUAAGCAUACAUGGUAUCUUGAUUCAACGAUUAUUCCUUUGGCUCUUUUGGAGCAAAAUAUUUCUAUAGAUAAAAAAACAGCCAUUGCAAAUGCUUUGCUUUCCUUCCAAAUGCCAGAUUUUUUUAAACAUAAAAGCAAAGGUCGAAUAGACGAGAUUAAUAUCAUAAAUAACAUGAAGGUACCAACCCUCUCUCUUUUGGUUAAUGAGUUUUCAUAUUUAAUUUUUUCAAUGAUAGGGUAGGAUAAUCAAAGAGUGAGAGACUGGUUGUCACUUCUACCCCAAUAUUGGCACACCCAGUCCUCGUUUAAGAAUUUUGAAAACUUUGCCAAAAUGUUAAUUGUUGUCAAUCAUCAUUCUGAACGAGUAAUUAGAAUGAUGCAGCAGUUUGUGCUAAGAUACGAAUAUGCGGAUGACAAGCAAAACAGUCUUUUAACUGUCGACAAAGUAAGGUUAACUUUCAAGGUUUUUGGUGUGGGAAAAAAUAUUAUUACGAAAAAAAGAACUAUCAGAAAGCCUGAUGUCACUCUCUAAACUAAAGAAAAGGAAAUUGUAGACUUAGGAAAUUGUUAUUCAUUUGAAAGUACUUAUUUCAAUUAAUGCAUAAUUUUUGUCUUGAUGGUAUUUGUAAAGAUUUUUAUUAAAUGGUAAAUUACUUGUUUAGUUCAAAAUAGUUUGUUUUUUUGGUUGAUUUAAGCGGGAGUUUUUACGUCUGUCCAUCUGAAUGAACUUUAAGUAUGAAAAUACAUAAUUUGCUGAUUUCAUAACCAGUUGCGUAAGUUAAACAUUUCAUUUUUUGAUAUCUUAAAUAUCGUUUU